AUGACGUCGUAUUUGGAGGAUCAAGACGACGACGGAGGCAUAUCCGAUCUCAGCACCAGCACCGGCGACCCCGAAGACAACAACAACAACGGAAACGGGGUCGUUUCGACGCAACCCAACUUCGACGAGACGACGGCGUUUCAGCAGCUGAAGGAGGAGCCCAUUGACUCCGACCCUCCGCCGCAGGCUCACUCCAUCGGCAUGGUUCCGGUGGGGAUGCAAAUGCCCAUGUCCGUGGCUGUACCCGUUUCCAACCCGACCCGACGGGCCUCUACCAAGGACCGCCACACGAAAGUCGAGGGACGCGGGCGGAGGAUCAGAAUACCCGCCACGUGCGCGGCCCGGAUCUUCCAGCUAACCCGGGAGCUGGGCCACAAGUCUGACGGCGAAACCGUCCGGUGGCUCCUUGAACACGCCGAGGAAGCCAUCAUCGAGGCCACCGGCACCGGCACCGUUCCCGCCAUCGCCGUCUCCGUCGGUGGGACCCUCAAGAUCCCCACCACGGCCUCCACUUCGGCCGACGACAACUCCUCGCCUUCCUCCACGACCAAGAAGCGAAAACGCCCCUCGAAUUCCGAGUUCGUGGACGUGAAGAACGACGCCGUUUCGCAGUCGUCGGGUCUGGCUCCGGUGGGGCCCGCGGCGCCACAAGGCCUGGUUCCGGUCUGGGCGGUGGGCGGCGCCGGGCUGAUGGUCCCAGCGAAUGCGUUCUGGAUGGGCCCGGUGGGCUCGGGUGGGGGACCGUCCGGCCCACAACCGCAGAUAUGGGCCCUGUCGCCGACGGUGACGCCGGUUUUCAACGUGGCUGGGGCUACCCGGCCCGUAUCGAGUUUUGUGGCGAAUAACGGAGGAGGAGUGGAGGUUCGGGCUCCGUCGCCGGCACUGUCAAACUCAGCGGUGAGUACGAGCACGGUGGGGCCGAGGGCGGCGAAGAGGUCGUCGACGACAAUGGCGCCGAGCGUGAGCUCGUCGAGUAACAACAGUAACGGUAGUGGGAGUGGUGCGAGCAAGGCUCAGAUGUUGAGAGAUUUUUCUCUUGAAAUUUACGACAAGCAGGAGUUGCAGUUCAUGGGUCGACCCGUCGACCCGCCAACAACUCAUCAACAUCAAACCCAGUGA